UGAGCGUGUGUCUCUUUUCUUUAGUAAGUGCAAGUAUCAAUUGGAUUUUUUUCUAUAAACUUUAUGUAAAAUUAAUAGUACAAUAUAAAGAUGAUAAAGCUUUAUGUUUAAUAAUUAAAAUAAUUUUUUUUAUUUCUUCUGUAAUGAUUAUAUAUACGUAAAAGAUAAUGACAUGUACUGUUUCUUCCAACAAUUCCAGUACUUUUUAGUGAAACUGAAUACGAAACAUAUUUUAUAAACUUGGAAUAAGUAGAUGUGUAAGAUAAGAAAAAAGAUAAAUGAGUAAAGUUAUUCAAUAUCUGUCGCUAGAUAGCGCUUGUGUUACUAUCAAUCACACAAGCUUCCUCUAUGUAAGUUUUAAUAUCGCUGCAUGUCACCAUAUUUCCAAUUUUCUUGAUAAAUACGGGAUAUAUACUAGGUAUACAUAUUAAACAAUACCUUGUUUGUUUACUAUAUGAACAUUUAAAUAAUAAAAACUUGUGUCUAAACUAUUCGAUAUCAUUUUAUACUCUCUCUCUCUCUUUCUCUCUGUCUCUCUCGUAAAUAAAAUGGCUACCGCCCAAAAUUAAAAUGAAACAAAAUGUUACGUAUGUGAAUUUGUUUUUAUACGAGAAAUCAUUUAGUGAUGUAGAACUUGCGACAAUUUUAUGAUGACAUAAUCUUUACGACGAAUAUUUUCCAAAGAUAUAUCAGUAAUUGAAAAAGCAUUUUUGAAUGACAGUUGUCACUUUUAUAACACGAGUCAUGCAAAAGUCGCAUGAUUAAUGAUACAAAAUAUAAAUUGACACUUAAUGAAUGCAUUAAAUAUAAUUUACAUGAUUGUUGAUUAUAUUUAGCUGUUCAAUUUAUAUGAGAAAAUGCCGGUCCAAAAAGAUUCCAAUAUUGUGAAAAUCGCUGUUCAGAUGACAGACCAAGUACCACAGCUAAUUGAAUUUAAUCAGAAACAGCCAUUAACUGGUAUUAUUCAGGAGCUGUGUAAUGGAUGGGGUCUUUCUGAUUCAGAAUUAUAUUCAUUACAAUUUUCUGAAAAUAAUAAUCAAAAUUAUAUUACAGAAAAAAAUCGUAAUGAAGUAAAGAAUGGUAGUAUUCUGAGAUUGGAAUUUUCUCCUUCUAAAAUAGCUACUGAUAUAUUGACAAAACUGAAUAGUGGCACACCAGAGGAAAAUGUAACAGCAUUACAUAAAUUAAGUUCUUUAAGUACAGAUAUGACAUUUGCAUUAGAAUUUAUCAAUAAGCAAGGAUUGGGUCUUAUUAUUUCUCAGGUUGAGGGUGGAAUGCGUAAAGGUUUAGCAUAUUCUCUUCAGUCCUUUGUAGAAUUGAUGGAUCAUGGGAUUGUAUCUUGGGAUAUUUUGGAGAUACCAUUUAUUAAUAAAGUAGCGAGCUAUGUGAAUAAUCAAUCUGUAUCUCUAGAUACCAAUAUAAUUGAAGCAGCACUUAGUAUUUUAGAAAAUAUUGUUUUAAAUUCAUCAGGCAAAUAUGCUCAAGUUGAAAAAGAAGUUACCUUUCCUAAUUUGGUAAUGCAUUUGCAAAGUACAAGUCCACAAAUACAGCAAAAUGCUAUUGCUUUGAUUAACGCUUUAUUUCUCAAAGCUGACACAUCCAAACGAAGAGCUGUCUCUGCUACAUUGCAGUCAAAACAAGUCCGAAAUGUUUUUCUUUCCAAUAUAAUUAAAUCAAGUGGACAGGUUGGUACAGAAAUGGCGCAUCAAUUAUAUGUUCUACAAACACAAAUUUUAAGUCUCUUAGAACAGAGAAUGAUGACUAAAAUGGAUCCACAAGAUCAAGAUGCACAUGAUAAAAUAAAAGAACUUAGACGAAUUGCAUUUGACACAGAAGGUGGUAUUGGAACAGAUGUAACAGCACGCAAGCAAGGUUUAUAUGCUAAGGAUUAUAAAAAAUUAGGUUUCAAAUAUGAUAUUAAUCCUGCUCUUGACUUUACGGAAACUCCACCCGGUAUGCUAGCGCUCGAUUGUAUGGUAUAUUUUGCUCGUAAUCAUACGGAAAAUUAUACAAAGGUUGUCUUAGAAAAUUCUUGCCGAGCGGAUGAACACGAAUGUCCAUUUGGCAGGACAAGUGUUGAACUUGUAAAAUUAUUAUGCGAGGUGUUACGUAUUGGAGAAGCACCUAGUGAACAAGGACAAUCGUAUCAUCCUAUGUUCUUCACACACGAUCAUCCAUUUGAGGAAUUUUAUUGCGUUUGUAUAGUUUUAUUGAAUAAAACAUGGAAAGAAAUGAGAGCGACUAUCGAAGAUUUUGUAAAAGUAUUUUCUGUUGUAAGAGAGCAAAUAACAAGAGCACUUCAGUGCAAACCAACAGGAUUAGACAAAUUUAAAAGCAAAUUACAACAAUUGACGUAUUCAAUGAUCACUAAUCUUUGGCAGCAAGAAAGGACUAGUCGCGAGGAAUGGGAAAGUCACGCAAGACCGAUUGUUGAGCUCAGAGAACAAAUUACACCUGAAAUAUUAGAGUUAAUUCAACAACAACGUCUUGGAUUUUUAGUAGAAGGAACUAGAUUUAUGAAAUAUAGCGCCAGAGGACAGAGAAUAAAGGAUAAAUUUUGGUAUGUGCGUUUAUCACCUAAUCAUAAAGUAUUACAUUAUGGGGAUUGCGAUGAAAAGUCAGUACCAUCGAUAGAUGAACUACCUACAAAAUUGGCUGUUGUUGAGAUUCGAGGUUUAAUAACUGGAAGAGACUGUCCUCAUAUGAAAGAUUUACAAAGAAGAAAAACGACGCAUCAAUUAGCAUUUUCCUUAAUAUUGGAUUCUGUUGAAGUUUCCAGUCUAGAUUUUGUUGCUCCUGAUGAACAAGUUUUUGAUUAUUGGACUGAUGGCAUUAAUGCUUUACUUGAUAAUAGAAUGACCAGCAAAGAAGCUGAAAAUGAUCUAGAAACUUUAUUAUCUAUGGAUAUUAAAUUAAGACUUUUGGAUGCUGAAGGAAUUGACAUACCUCAAGAUCCACCGCCAAUUCCUGAACCCCCACCAAAUUAUGACUUCUGUUACGAAUUAAAACAAGCUAAAUGAAGAGGAGUAGAUCCAAAGUAAUCGGGUUUCUGCAAAUCAACGCCGCUGUAAAUCAACAGUCUGAUCAACUCUGCAUGUCCUUUGUAAGCGGCCCAAUGAAGUGCGGUAUCUCCAUUGAUA